AUGAGGAAAGGCGUUCAAGUUGCGAAGAACAAGCCCACAGAACACAGACGACUCAUGUCAGCUCUGCUCCGUUACUCUCCAGCCAUGGGAACUUUUUUAAACCAUCUAUUGAUACCAUUUCUCCUUUUGUUGUCGGCAUCAAACGUUUUCGGUUCCAACAUCUGCACAUCACAAGGAGUCACAACUUGUCAGCAGUGCUUGGCCGUUCACCCGAGCUGUGCAUGGUGCUCUCAGGAGGAGUAUGGAAAAGGGGGAUCCGGCGCACCCCGCUGCGACGAGGAGCAGAAUCUGCUGGAUGGAGGGUGCAAUACUGUGGAGUUCCCCCACAGCAAACUGAGGAUUCUGAAGGAUGACCCGCUCAGCAACAAGGCCUCUGGCGGUGCUGGCAAAGUCACACAGAUAAAGCCUCAGAAACUCCACAUGACACUAAGACCAGGUGAUUCCAAGCGUUUCACCGUGACAGUGAAGCAGGUGGAGGAUUACCCAGUGGACCUCUAUUAUCUGAUGGAUCUUUCAAAUUCAAUGAAGGAUGACUUGAAGAAGCUUCAAACCGUGGGGAGUGAAAUCGCGAAGACCAUGGGCCGCAAAACAAGCAACUUACGCAUGGGGUUUGGAGCCUUUGUGGACAAGACCAUCUCCCCUUACAUGUUCAUGUAUCCUCCAGAGGCAGUGGUGAAUCCUUGCUAUGGAAGUCACGAGAUAUGCAAGGCUCAGUUCGGGUUCAAGCAUGUGCUGUCACUGACGGAGAAGGUGGCUCGCUUCACUGAGGAGGUGAAGAAACAGCAGGUGUCUAAAAAUAGAGAUUCUCCAGAGGGUGGAUUUGAUGCUGUCAUGCAGGCUGUGGUUUGCAAGGACAAGAUUGGGUGGCGUCCGGAUGCCUCACACCUUUUGGUGUUCACCACUGAUGCCAAAACUCACAUCGCUCUGGAUGGACGUAUAGCUGGAAUCGUCCGGCCCAACGAUGGACAGUGUCACCUUGAUAGUGAUAAUGUUUACAACAAAUCUGCUGUGCUGGACUAUCCCUCUUUGGGGCUCAUGGCAGAUAAAAUGUCUGAAAACAACAUCAAUUUAAUUUUAGGUGUAACCAUUGAUGUGGUGGCGCUUUACAAGAAGUACAGUGAGCUCAUUGCAGGCACAACUGUGGGAACGCUGUCAGGUAACUCUGGGAAUGUUGUUGAGCUCAUUGAGGAGGCGUAUGAGAAAAUCCGCUCUAAAGUGGAGCUGGAGUUUGUGGAUGCCCCAGAAGAGUUGAAUCUCUCCUUCAAUGCUUCCUGCCUAAAUGGGGAGGUCAUCCCUGGACUCAAGUCCUGCUCUGGCCUCAAGAUUGGAGACACAGUGUCGUUUAAUCUGGAGGCUCAGCUGCGUGGCUGCCCCAAAGAGAAGAGCCGCACUUUUACCAUCAAACCUCGAGGCUUUCAGGAUUCCCUGGAGGUCACGGUGGACUUUGCCUGUGACUGCAAAUGUGAGGCGAAGGCCGAAGUCAACAGCACCAUCUGUACCAAUGGCAACGGGACCCACGAGUGUGGAGUGUGUCAGUGUCACCCGGGGCGUCUGGGCCCUCAUUGCGAGUGCUCCGUGGAGGACUACAGUCCAUCGGAUGAUGCCAAAUGCAUCCAGAAGACAAAUCAGGCCCAAAUCUGCAGCGGGAGAGGCAACUGUUUGUGCGGACAGUGCUCCUGCCAUACAAAUGAGUUUGGUCAGGUGUGGGGCAGUUACUGCGAAUGUGACGACUUCAGCUGCCCGCGCGACAAAGGGGUACUGUGCUCCGAUCAUGGGAAGUGCAGCUGUGGUUUUUGUCAGUGUGAAGCUGGAUGGAGAGGAGAAUACUGUAACUGCUCCACACGCACAGACACCUGCGAGUCCAUCAUCGGCCUGCUCUGCAGCGGCCGGGGGAACUGCGAGUGUGGGGCUUGUCAGUGCACUCAGCCUGGAGCCUACGGAGCUACCUGUGAGAAAUGUCCCACCUGUCCUGAUUCCUGCACUAUAAAAAAGGAGUGUGUUGAGUGUCAGCACUUCAAGAGAGGACAGUACGCCAAAGACAACACCUGCAAUAGAUUCUGCAAAGAUAAAAUCGAACCGGUGGAAAUACUGACUUUAAAACCUGGAAAUGCCGUGAAUUGUUCGUACAAAGAUGAAAAUGACUGCUUGGAGCACUUCCAGUAUUACGAAGAUGAGAGUGGCAAAUCCAUUCUGUAUGUGGUGAAAGAGCCAGAGUGUCCUGAGGGUCCAAACAUCUUGGUGGUGCUCCUGGCGACGGCCGGAGCCAUUCUGCUGCUGGGUCUCAUUGGCCUGCUCAUCUGGAAGCUGCUGGUCACCAUCCACGACCGCAGAGAGUUCGCCAAGUUUGAGGAGGAGAGAGCCAAAGCCAAAUGGGACACGGCUAACAAUCCUUUGUAUAAAGGAGCCACCUCCACCUUCACCAAUGUAGCGUACCGAGGCAACUAAUGACUAGUGGGGAUGAGAAAAACUCAGGGGUCAACGACAGAGAUGGAAUGUACAAGCAGAGAAACGGAGGGAAGAAGAUCCUACACUGUAGCUGAAAAGUAGUCAAUGCUGUCAGCAACAUGAUGUAAUAAUUGUAUAUAUUGUAGAAAUAACUUUAAAUGUAAGUUACAGAGUUCUAUACGGUGGUGUGUACUCUUGUAGCACACAGUUUGCAUGUUCUCCCCUUGUCAGCGUGGGUUCUCACCGGGUUCUCCGGCUUCCUCCCACAGUCAUAAACAACCAUACACAAAGAGGAACUGCUGCUGAAAGUGGCACUUUUAGGAGGCUCUUCUGCCUCUGCAUCAUUUGUUACGGUCUUCAGCAUUUCUUCUUAGUUUCUCAAAUUAUAAAAAGAGUAAUAAGAAUCACCAUAACCAAGUAAUAAGUCGCGAUAGAAAAUACAUGAAUGAAUAGACAUUUUGAAGUCCUCUUCAGGGUCUUCCACCUAAGCUGAGUUUUGUUAAAACAUAAUGUAAUUUCCUCUUUAAGAAUGCAUCUGUCCGGGGCGUCCCGGUGGCUCACACUGGUAGAGAGCGUACCAUAAGGAGUCCUUCCUGCGGCAGACCCGGGUUCGAAUCCGGCCUAAGGUCCCUUUGCCGCAUGUCCUCCCCUCUGUCUCCCUCUUUCUAUCUAUCACUUUCAAUAAAAAGCAAAAAUGCCCCAAAAAAUAAUCUUUAAAAAAGAAAUAAAUAAUGCAUCUGUUCACUUAUCACACAUUUAAACAGGGCCAUUCAAAAUGCUUUACCGCAAAGUUUACUAUAAAACCUGUAGUAUAAUUUUAAUGAGUUAUUAAAACGGGUUUCCAUGUACAUCACCAAUUCCCUUUUUUUCUAACUUGUUGCAGUCACAAUUAUGACAAGAUUACGUCACUCCUUUUCCAUUGAGUUACUGAUAAUUGUAAAAAGGAGUACGUCUCCUUAACUAAAUGUCUUGGUUUACAGUUUGUGUUCUAUAUUGUUUUUUAAAUGCUUAUCAGCAAGGGUAACUUUAUAAUUGCUUUGAUGCAUUUCUUUAUCCCUGCACCAUCACCUGGUUUUGUGUUUGUUGAGUUUUUUUAGUUGUUCAUGUUAUGUGUAAAAUUGCUGAAUUGUAAAUUAUUUGGAUUUUCUACUGAGCAGCACUGUGUUACACUGAAAUUUCAUGUUGUUUAUUUGUGCAUAUGAGCAGAUUUUAUAGCACAUCCAAUGGUAUUGGCCACAAUGCCCAGCAGUUGUUGAUGAUGACCAAACUUACUCUUUGUAACCUCCAUAUGGGAGAUGUGAUGUGAUGUGAGGUGUAUUUUGGUUGUACAGCUCUGGUCCUCUGAUGCUCUGCAAAGUUGUUGCAAAUUUGUCUGUUUUUUGCACCAUUUUUAAAGAUGCCUGGGAUUUUGCUCUAGUUUGUUACACAAAGGGAAUGCAUAAAGUUUCAUUAUAGCUGAAUUCACCAACUCUCGUGUGAUGCUUGACAUUUGGGUUCCUUUAACAAAUGUCAGAGCUGCUUUUAGCCUUCAUUAAGAUCAGAGUUAAAGUACCAAAGGUAUUUGACAUUGACAUUCAUAUUUCAGAUGUCUAAAAUUUCUGAAGUAGAAAAACUCAUGGUGUAUUCACUCUGUGACGUCGAUCGGCAAUACACUUCGGACAAACAUUACAAUAAAUAUCACUGAUGACCUGUGUGAUUGAAGUAAAAAGGUGAAUGUUUCAUUCUGCCACAGGAAGCUAUUACACAAACACUGACAAAAUCUAAAUGUAAGUAUUGAAAGUCCUCACACAUAACAGAGAGAGCAACAUUAUCAGACAUUUUUUAACUUGACUUUUUGAUUUAAAAAUGUAAGAUGAAUAUUAAAGAAAAAAAUAAGGUUUAGUUCUUACACUCAAUUCAUGCAAAUUCACUAUGAUGAUACUAAUAAGACAAAUGUCAGUGUGUGGGGCGACCAUUUCCUUUUACUACAUUCUGUGGUAACUUGUCCUCCGUAUCCUUUAUAGAAUGUUUCCUGUUGCGUGGCUCAUUUCACUGAAGCUGGUAGUUCACCCAUUUGUUCAUGUGCACUUCUCUGAUACAUACUGCUAUCACUAAACUUUACACUUGCCCUCACAUUCCACAACUUGCAUUAUCUCUGUUGCCACAUCCUGUUUACAGCAUCCGGAUGAGUCCUGUUAAUGCUGUUUCCGGUUGUUGAUAUUGUUGGUUGGUACUCAAACUCCUUUUGAUAAUAAAAAGGUACAUUCAUCA